UAUAUAUAUAUAUAUGUAUAGUUAGAUCAAUGUGAGGCAUUCAGUCAUUGCUUAUAAUAUAACUAUUAAUCACUUUGAAUUCUCAAUAUGAUGAUUGUAAUGCUUCUGCUCUUGCUAGCCAGCACUACUAGUCAUGUUGUUUUGGGUAGUACUACGCAUGCAUCUGGGGUUUCUCAUCAAGUUCAAAACUACUGUAUCGAAACAGAGAGACAAGCUCUUCUCACCUUCAAACAAGGCCUUGAAGAUCCUCAUAACCUCUUACAAUCUUGGACAAGCAACAACAAAGAUUGCUGCACAUGGAAAGGAAUCAGGUGCGAUAACUUGACCAAUCAUAUUAUCAUGCUUCAUCUUGAUUCUUUUAUUGAUGGUAUUUUGUAUCCUAUUUCCGGUGAAAUUAGUGCCUCUUUGGUCCAGCUCCAAUAUUUGGAGUAUUUGAAUCUUAGUUACAAUAACUUCACUAAAAUUCCAAAGUUUAUAGGAGCCUUCACAAAUCUCAAAUAUCUUGAUUUUUCAGGAAAUUAUAUAACUGGAAAUAUUCCUUCAGAACUUGGAAACCUGACCAAGUUGCGUAUUCUUGACCUUAGUCACUCUAUUAGUGGUUUGACUGCUAAUAGUUUCAAAUGGCUUUCUCAUAUCUCUUAUCUAAGAAUCUUUAAACUGGGUGAUACAAACUUCAGCAAAGCCAAAGACUGGUUUCAUUCAUUUAAAACAGCUCCCUCCUUAUCAACCUUAGAGCUAUCUUAUUGUCAAUUUCCAGAGCUAGAUGAUUCCUCUUUUUCUCAUAUCACAAACUCUACCAAUUCUAUCACAACUCUCGAUGUCUAUGGUAGUACAUUUGGCUCUACAACAGUUUCUCGCUUGCUUAAUUUGAGCAAUAAUCUUGUUGAUCUCUCUCUGUAUUAUAAUAAUUUCAAUAUCAAAGGCAGUCAUCUUCCAGAUUCUUUUGGCAAUUUGAAAUAUCUAAGGCAUUUAUAUUUGAAUGGAUUUGAUGGGGAAGUGCCGAAAUCUAUAGGGAGUCUUUGCAGGCUUCAAGAAUUACAUUUGUCCUAUAAUGAAUUCAAUUCCACCAUCAUUGAUAUCUUGGAAAGCCUCCUUGAUUGCAAUAACAGGUCGUUAGAAAUUCUUAAUUUGUUUCAGAGUAGUCUAAUUGGACCACUGCCCAGAGAUUUGUCAAGAUUUUUGCACUUGAGAGAGUUGGAUGUAUCAGACAAUAAGUUCAGUGAUACUUUACCAGAGAGUAUCGGCAAGCUCUCUAGUCUUGAGUUAUUAGACAUUUCCAAGAAUUCUUUCAUUGGAUUUGUCUCUGAAACACACCUUGAGAAACUCUCCAAAUUGAAACACCUUGACUUAUCUUCCAACUCUUUAACUUUGAAAAUGAAUAUCACAUGGGUUUCUCCUUUUCAACUCCAACAUAUCAAUUUGAGAUCUUGCAUGAUAGGACCACAAUUUCCUUUUUGGCUUCAGACACAGUCAAAUAUUUCAUAUAUUGAUUUAUCUAGUUCUGGAAUAUCUGAUGUCAUUCCUGAUCAAUGGUUUCUCAAUCUAACUUCCAAUUUAGAAUAUUUGAAUUUAUCUUUCAAUCUUAUCAACAACACCUUCCCAGACAUUCUAUUGGAAUCUAAUAAGUUUGCUUUUGUGGAUUUAAGCUCCAACCAAUUCCAUGGCCAUGUCCCUCUAAAUUCUCUUUUCAAAGCGAAUGAGUUGAAUCUUUCAAAUAACACUCUCUUAGAAUUUGACCCUCUCUUUUGCAAUUCAUUUAAUGGGACAGUGCGGAUUCUAGAUCUUUCUAAUAACCAAAUAUUUGGAAGCCUUCCAGAUUGUUGGUUUCGUCUACAAAAUUUGAAAAUUCUCAAUUUGAACAAUAAUAGAUUGUCUGGAGUGAUCCCGAACUCAAUUGCUUCUCUUUAUAAAAUUCACACUCUUAUUUUGAGAAAUAAUAAUUUGUCGGGAACUUUACCAUCAUCCAUGAAGAAUUGCACUCAAUUGGUAUUUCUUGAUGUUGGAGAGAAUUCCAUCGUGUCUAUGCCAUCUUCAAGGAAUUCGGAUAUUAGACAUUUCCCGAAACAAUAUAUAUGGAGCUAUACCAUCGUGUAUAAAUAAUUCACUUCUAUGGUUGACAAUAUAUAUUCUAUAAUUGACAAUAUAUAUGGAGCUAUACCAUCUUUUCUACUUCAAUUUGCAAAGAAAGUUCAAAUUGGCAUAUCCUGGGAAAGUGAUUCCAGUAGUACUACAUUGUUAUAUGACAUGAAGGCAUUGGUAACUUGGAAAGGAAAGGAGUAUGAAUAUGAAGAUAUUUUGGGUUUGUUGAGAGUGAUUGACUUUUCAAGUAAUAGAUUGACUGGAGAGAUUCCUAUGGAGCUAACAAAUCUUUUGGAACUAGUUCAAUUGAACUUGUCACGGAAUAAUUUGAAUGGAGCCAUACCUCAGAAAAUUGGGAAUUUGAGCAAACUAGAAUCACUAGAUCUGUCUCAUAACAAUUUUACUGGAAAAAUUCCUAUUGGCUUGGGAGAAUUAUCAUUUUUGGAAUAUUUGAACCUGUCAUAUAAUCAUUUGUCGGGAAGAAUCCCCACUGGUAUUCAAUUACAAAGCUUUAAUUCUUCUUCAUAUGUUGAAAAUGAUGGAUUAUGUGGAGCUCCUCUAUCUGAAUGCCCUGGUGAUCAUAUAGCUUUCAAGGAUAAUCCUCAUUCAGACUUAGCUCAAGAACGGUUUGACAUGUUAUGGUUUUACAUUGGACUUGAAGUUGGAUUUGCUUUUGGUUUUAUUGGAGUUUGUGGAGCUUUGUACCGAAACUACUCAUUCUUAUUGGAGACUUGCCUAUCUUCGAGGUGCUUGAAUACAUUUGGAGAUUGGCUUUAUGUGAUGAUUAGCAUUAGAGUUUCUAAAUUGAAGAGAUACUUCAAUGCUAAAUGAUUUAUUUUUGGAGAACUGUUCCCGAGAACUAGAAAAGAAGAAUAAAGAUUUAGUGAUUGUUCAGUAAAUUUUCUUUCAGAUUUAUGUGAUCAUUUGAAUUUGCCAAGCUAUAUAUAUUCUCUUUUGUAUUUCUUUUUUUUUUUUCUUUCUAGUAAAACACUUAUGUAAGAAAUAAAUAAAUGUAUCAUUUUGUUAGUUGAGUUUUUUUUACGUUGAUUUGGCUAAAUGUGUACCUUGAACUUUAAAGAUAAAUUCAGAUCAAUGAGAUCAAAA